UACGCUCUGACCAUCUAUCAAGUCUUUCUGGAGCCUUUUCUGCUGCAAUUGAAUCUGGUCAAAGCAGGGUUUGGAGAUGCUACGUAUGGAAGGGGCGGAUUGGAGGAUACGCCAAAGGAGAAGAGGUUGAUUCAUGAGAAUAGGGACGUCAGGUGCGAGAGGAGGAGGGUGGCAUUGAGCAAGGAACAAUUGAGGAUCGCCAAGAGUUGGAGCAGGUUUGAGGAAUGCGCUUAUCAGGUCUGGCAGUGGGAUGGACAGCAGGGAGAGGAGAAGAUCAGCGAUGUCGGUGCCGAUGUGCUCAUCCUUCACGGCAUCAACAAUUACGGUUCGCGCGCCUGCAGCACAGGUCUGCACCUCAUGCGAAAAGGUUUCCGAGUCAUCGCUUUGGACCUGCCCUCUUUCGGACGAAGCACCGGUCUGCACGCCUGGCUGCCCUCUCUGCGUUUGAAUGUGGAAGCCGUGAGAGCAUGCUUGGACCACGUGGCCCUUUUGGAUGCCCAAGCGGGUCUGGCAAGAAGAAAGGUGUUCUUGCAAGGAGAGAGCAUGGGCGGAUUUACGGCUCUAUAUUAUGCUGCUACCUAUCCUUCCAUCGACACCUCUUCAUCCUUCAGACACGUCACCAGCCAGUCGGAUCUGGAUGGGGAUAGAAGCAUCACGGAGCAUGGCAAAGAGAGACCCGUCAUUGCCGGUGUUGCUGCUGCCGCUCCCAUGAUCGCCAUUUCGCCUUCUAGCAGACCCAGCAAAUUGGUGGAGAAUAUAGCUCGGGUAAUCAUCUUUUUUGCGGGCAGAUUGCCCUUUGCUAAAGGGGUCAAGGGCAACGUAUCGGAUGAUCCUCGUGUAGAGACGGAAUUUCUUGCAGACCCCUUUACGUACAAGGGCUACUUGAGAAUAUCGACCGGCAUGGCUAUCCUUCAAGGUUUGGCGGAACUGCAAGACCUCGCCCCGCGCAUCACGUGUCCCAUCACUUUUCAUCACGGCGCAAAGGAUAGAGCUACUUCGUGGAAGGGAACAAGCGAGUUUUGCGAGAGGUGCACGGCUAGCACGGAUAAGAGCUUUAAAAUUUGGGAAGGAUACGAACACAUCAUGAUGAAGAAUGUAGAAGGCCAAUCUCAGGAAGACGAAGCUAAGAGAAUGGCGGUGCUCGACGCCAUCACGGAGUGG